GGUAUCAGUUUAUUGUGUAACUAUUAUUAAUGAAGUAAAUUGUAUCUUUUUCGCGAGAUAAACAACCAGAAGAUAAUAAUAAUACGUCGGAUUUCAGUGCGGUUUCGGGUGGAUACAGCGUUGGUUUGUUGGCUAAAUUUAAUCAACAUGUUCAGAAAUACUGUUAGGGUUUAUUUUUUGAGGGUGGAACGAAAUUUUUCACAGAAUAGACAAAACAGCAAUGUAGCCUUCCUCGGUUGUGGUCAAAUGGGGGCCCGUAUGGUCAACAAUCUGAUCAAGCACGGAAAGAAACCAAAGAUUUACGAUGUGGUGCCAUCGGCUAUCCAAAAUAUUCAAGGAGCCACUCCAUGUUCAACCCCCGAAGAAACGGUAGAGGGAGCCGAUAUUAUUAUCACUAUGCUACCCAACGGGCAAAUCGUUAAAGACACCAUUAUGGGCGACAAAGGUGUUUUGAAGAAUAUUCGGAAGAAUGCUUUGUUGUUGGAUUGUUCAACUACUGGACCACAGGUUGCAAGAAAACUAAACGAAGCAGCCCAAGCAGCAAACGUGAGAUUCCUGGACGCCCCAGUAUCCGGAGGUGUAGUCGGUGCCCAAGCCGGCACUCUUUGUUUCAUGGUGGGAGGAAACGAAAAAGACUGUAAAGAAGUCGAACCCGUUUUGUUACAUAUGGGCUCGAAAGUUCAUUUCUGCGGUGCUUCCGGAGCCGGACAGAUCACUAAACUUUGUAAUAAUUUAAUUUUAGGUGUAACAAUGAUUGGUACAUGCGAAGCUAUGAACUUGGGAAUCAAACUUGGACUGGACCCUAAAUUACUUACGGAUGUUGUAAAUGUUUCGACCGGUAGAUCGUGGUCCUCCGAUACGUACAAUCCGGUGCCUGGUGUUAUGGAAAACGUACCAGCUGCUAGGGAUUAUGAAGGAGGGUUUUCUUGCGAACUUAUUGCUAAAGAUUUAGGUUUAGCAGGUGAUGCAGCUUUAAGCAUAAACGCACCAGUACCACUGACUGCCCUAACGCACCAAAUAUUCAGAACUUUGAUGACUUACAAUUUAGGGAAAAAAGAUUUCAGUGUAGUAUAUAAAUACUUCAAAGGUGAAGCCCUUAAGAAUAAUUGAUACGAAAUAAAGACAUGUUGCCAAAA